GGGAAAAAAGACAGAAAAUGGCUAAGAAGUAUUCACCUAAUGUUUUUCUGUCUGCUAUCAUAUUUAUUACUCAUGUAUUCCAAUAUUUAUAUUGAGCAUUCCCUCACGGGUCCAUGAUUCUCUUUGGAACAUGGCUACUUCUUCUCUGUCUAUAGCAGUCACCUUUCGAUUUUUCCUAUAUACUACUACUACUCCAUUGUUUCUCAUUUUGUCUUAGCCACUAAACCAAACCGAUAACCAUGUCUUCUUUCUCUGCUUCUUCUGCCACAAUUUUUAUGUUCCACUGUUUCUUCUUCUUCCUCAAUUUACCCUUCUCCAAUUCCUUGCCAAAAUCCCCACCGAUCAAUGCCACCCUCAGGCGGGCGCCUCGACAACUCUCCGUUAAUUACUAUGCGAAAUCUUGCCCUCAAAUUGAAUCUCUGGUUGGCUCAGUAACCUCCAACAUGUUCAAAGAAGCCCCUGCUUCUGGCCCUGCGACCAUUCGCCUCUUCUUCCAUGAUUGCUUUGUUGAAGGGUGUGAUGGUUCAAUAUUGAUAUCAAGUAAAGCAGGAAGCAAAGAAUUGGCAGAGCAAGAUGCAGAAGAUAACAAGGAUUUAGCUAAGGAGGCAUUUGCAGGCAUAUACAAAGCCAAAGCUGUGGUGGAAAGCAAGUGUCCUGGUGUUGUUUCCUGUGCAGACAUUCUUGCCAUUGCUACCAGAGAUUUUGUCCAGUUUGUUGGAGGACCAUAUUAUCAAGUGAAGAAAGGAAGAUGGGAUGGAAAGAUAUCAAAGGCAUCACGGGUGCACUCAAAUCUUCCUCAAUCAAACUCAACAGUGGAUCAACUUUUGAAACUUUUUUCCUCUAAAGGACUUAACCAAGAGGACCUUGUGGUCCUAUCUGGUGCACACACUAUUGGUUUUGCACAUUGCAAACAAUUUGUUAACAGACUCUAUAACUACAAAGGGACCAAAAAACCUGACCCUAACAUGGAUCCUAGGCUCUUCAAGGCCCUCAAAAUGUCAUGUCCACAAUUUGGUGGCAAUAUUGAUAUUGUAGCACCCUUUGAUGUGACAACACCUUUCUCAUUUGACAAUGCUUAUUAUGGCAAUUUGGAGGCUAAGUUGGGAUUGUUGGCUUCUGAUCAAGCUUUGUCAUUGGACCCUAGGACUAAGUCUUUGGUGCAAGAUUUGGCAAAGGAUAAACAUAAGUUUUUUAAGGCUUUUGCUGAUGCUAUGGAGAAAAUGGGAGGUAUUGGGGUGAAAAGGGGAAGAAAGCAUGGGGAAUUUAGAAAAGAUUGCACUAUGCAUCAUAUGUGAGUUUUGGUUGUUGGAUAAUUCUCCUAAUUAUUCAUUUUUUUCAUUUGAUUUUUUUUUCUUCUUGGUCCUUGUUUUUUUUCUUUUCUUUCCUUUUUCUUGAAGGAAUCUUGUACUGUUUGUUCACAUCUAUGAUAUCUCCUCAGAGACAGAGGAGAAUGGAGAGUGAGAUUGUGACUAAAAGAAAAAGAACUUUUCUUAAAUAA